AUGCGAGAGGCAGCAUUCCUUGCAGCCAGUCGCCGUCUUGCCGCUCAGCCACAGACUGUCCCUCGAGUUGUCGGAAGACUCAGUGAGAAGAAGAGACAAGAUGAUAAGGAGGUGUUUGGGAGCAUUCUCAGCAACCUGAAGAAAGGAGGAGGACUGCCCGAGGCUGGGGUUGUGAACCAACCACUGCCUACGGAGGAGGUGAUGGAAGAGGAGACAAGAAGAAGCACUCAGGUCAUCGUGGAUCCUAAAGAGACUGCCAACGUAAAAUCCUAUGAAGGACCCUCUAGAGUUGCGUUGAAGGAAAUGGUGGUUGAGAAGCAGCCAAAGGUGGCUAAGGAGAAGAAGAAGAAGAAAAAGAGAAAAGAAAAGAAGGCUGGAGGAGAUGAGCCAUCCCAUCAAUGCAAAGCAGAGAAGAAAAUCAAAGAGAAGGAAGAUGAAGAAGAUGAGGAGGCAAAGCUGAGAAAGAAGAAAGAAAUGAGUGAAAGGAAAGAGUGCAGGUGGGAGGAAGGCACCUGA